CAAAGAGUAGAGGAGGAAAUAAUAUUCACAAUGGCCGGGGAGGUCUACCUAUUCUGGUUACUAUCCAUAUUACAAACGUUCUCUGCCUAUGGAGCAGAGUUGUCAUCUGAGGCAUGCAGGGAGCUUGGGUUCUCCAGUAAUCUCUUAUGCAGCUCCUGUGACUUACUGAGCCAGUUCAGCCUUACCCAGUUGGACCCUUUCUGCAGGCAGUGCUGUCAGCAAGAGGCCCAGCUGGAGACCAGGAAGCUUUACCCUGGGGCCAUCCUGGAGGUGUGUGGAUGAAAACUGGGGAGGUUCCCUCAAGUCCAGGCUUUCGUCAGGAGUGACAAGCCAAAGAUGUUCAAGGGUCUUCAAAUUAAGUAUGUGAGAGGCUCAGACCCUGUGCUAAAGCUGCUGGACGAUAACGGGAACAUUGCUGAAGAACUCAGCAUCCUCAAGUGGAACACUGACAGCGUGGAGGAAUUCCUCAGUGAAAAGUUAGACCGUAUUUAGUGCUUAGCAUCCGGCAUCUGUUUUAUAUAUGUUUACAGCUCAAAACAAAUAUUGAGGAACUGUACUGCUGGACUCUCUUUGUACUCUUUACCUUAUCACGAGCAUUUGAAAUCUGUCUUUCUGUCAAAUUUUUAUUCCCGAUGCAAAUCAGUCAUGUUGUAGUCAUCCAAUGAACCACAAAAACCCGUUAGCAUUCUUUCUAAAUGGCUGAACCUGAUUGGCCUGUUCAUAGUUUGGAGAAAUGUUAACAGCCUUUGAUUUGUCCCCUUCAGUUGAGUUAUUUGCUCUAUCCCAAAACAUGUGUCGUCCAUCUCAUUAUUAUGAUUUUUUUUUUUUUUUUAAUAUACCAGAAAGUUGUGUUUAUGAAUGAAGGUUGAAGGAGACGGCUGUGAGAGCUUUAUGGUUUCUCAUCAGAUGCACAUGCCUAUGUGUAGCUGCACUUUAAUGAAGGUCUCACAGCAAACCAGCCAAUGGUAUGUGAAGCCUGAAGUCUCUGUGGAGCUCCCAGGGUUUGAUGCAAUGAUGAGAACCUUAAAGCCUCACACCAGGAACUGGAUAUCUGUUCAAUAAAUGCUUGUUUAGAAUCA